UGCGUGGCCGCGGGCAGAAGCUCCAUCUGGCCCUUGUGGCGCGCUAGACAAGGGGUCUCGUUCACCCCUUGUUCCCCCGUGUGUGCAACGACACGCACGCAAGUGCAGUCUGGCGGUGGUUGCAGCCGCGGAUGAAAGCGUUCUGCGAUUGUUUGUCAACAAAUAAUUGCGCCGGCCGGACAGGUCCAAUUAGGAAAUUCGACGUGUUGUGCAAGCGGAGCGAAAGAUCUGCGGCGGUCGAGCAGCGCGAGGCACUCCGAUGACCUGAGCGCCAAGCAAAGCCAGGACACAAUGGUGCCGAUCAUGGGCGACCUUCCCAGCUCAAGGAGCAAGGCGGACAGCACCAGCACGUUGACGUCGGCCGACGACGAUUACGAAACGGAGCUGGCCAACAAAUCUCAGAGGGACGCACAGCUGGGUUGGAUGUUCGCGUUCGUGGCCGGCAGCGUGUUCGCGAGCUGGGCGCUGGGCGCGACCGGGGUCUCAGUGGCGUGGCUGUUCCUCUUGUUAGCUCUGCUCGCUGCCGUCUGGAGGGCAUCCCUGAGGCGGCUCGUCGAGGGUGCCAUACGCUACGAGACCCUGAGGGUCGCUCGCAGGAGGGCGCUCAGCGUUGAUGAGACCGCCGAGUGGUUCAACUUUUUGCUCAACCGAUGGUGGGUGUUCAGCUCGCCAAGUCUCUAUUCGCUGAUCCGAGAGCACUUGGAGCCGCUUUUGAACGAGGUGAAACCUUCCAUGGUCGAGCGGCUGGAGUUGCACCAGUUCACCCUGGGCGACCAGACGCCCCACGUACGCAGCGUGCGGGCGUUCGACGUGAGCGGGGGCGGCGUGCGACGACCCCUGAGCCCCGCCAGCCUGGCCAGGCCUCCGGCGGGGCUGGCGUUGAAGCUGAACCACCAAGUGGCACUCGAGGCCGACGUCAGACUUGACUGUGAUGACUUCAGGAUGAUCCUCAGAUCCAGAUUUGGAAAGGGGGUUGGCAUGGACUUGGACUUAGCCAUGGAAAAGCUCAACAUCUCCGGCCGCAUCUACAUCACGUUCACCCUCAACAUGGACGCGCCUUUCCCGCACGUCACCCACCUGACGCUCUCCUUCCUUGAGAAACCUGAGGUUUGGUUCAGCGUCAGGAUUUUAAAGGCUGUUCAAAUGAUGGAGGUGCCACUGCUGAAAACUUGGAUCCACUCGGUGGUGAUGGAGGCGCUGGUGACAUCACUUGUUGAUCCUGGCCACUUGGACGUGAACCUGGUGUCCGCCGACAGACCGUCAGCUGCCCACGGACCGGGUGAGACCAUCGCAAAGGGCGUUCUCACCAUCACUCUGACUAUGAGCUCUGGACCUGCAUGUAAUGCAGCAAAAGACAAUGCAGCUAGCGGUGACGACGCAAAGUGGCUAGUAUUGUGUCUCGGGGACCAAAGGGUCGUGACUUCAAAUCUGGCGCCGCGCUGGCAGCAUACAGGCUCCUUUCUGGUGUCCUCCCUGCACACGGACACGCUACUCAUCAAGCUCAAGACAAAAAGAUUCGUCAGCGCAAUAACGCUGGCCCAGUUUGAAUUGCCCCUCGCAAGCUACAAUCUUGAAUCUACUAAAGUAGUGGAAACACUGCUGCACAAAAAGAUGACCAAAGUUUCGUCGGGUUCGAUUCCCAACAUUUGCAUGCGGCUGGACUACACGUCUGUGCCGCCAAUCAACCUGGAGUGCCCGCAGGAGAUUGUGUCCAACCCGUCGGAACGGGGGCUGUCCGGAGUGCUGCUCAUCUGUGUUCAUAGUGCUGACGGCCUAGCUAUAAUUGGCGAACCUGCCACUUGCAACCCCUACUGCAUGGUCUUCAACGGGAGGAAGAAGGUCAAGACGACGCACUACGUCAAGGCGACUGGCACCCCGCAGUGGGAGUCCAAGACCCAGUUCCUGGUCAGCGACUUCACGCAAGCCAUGCUGUCGUUCGUCGUGUGCUCUUGGGGCAGGGAUAAAACCGGCGACACAGACUUACUGGGCAUCACAAACUUCUCUCUCACGCAGGAAGAGCCAGUGGUGAUUAAGCGGGUGCUGCCUCUAAACGUAAACUCGCCCCCGCGGGCAGCAGCACCUUCUGGCUCCAUCACCGUGUCCGCAGUGUUCCAGGCAGUUAGCGCUGUCGCUCAAUCCGUAGGAUCUCACCCCCGAGGAUCGAUUGCUGCAGCCAACAGUCCAGGAGGGUCAGACGAUGACGACUCCUCUGUUAGCUCUAGUCGGAGCAAAAGGAGCUCCAACAACUGGAUGCAGCAGGCUAAACAACUGUUAUCACACAAAGAAGUAGAAAUGAAUGACAUUAGCUCCCUUCUAGCGAAGGGCUCAGGGUUAAUGGAGGUUUAUCUUAUCAGGGCCAAAGACUUGGAAGCAAAGGACCUAAACGGCUUUAGCGACCCCUAUUGUGAAUUGAAGAUUAAUGGAGAGUGUAAAUAUAAGUCCAACAUUAAAAAGAAGACGUUAAACCCUGUUUGGGAAGAGAGCGCCAUUAUGGGGCUUCCACGGCAGGGAGAAACUCUAGACUUGGUGAUUUGGGACCACGAUGUUCUGGGAAUGAAAGACUUCAUAGGCAGCGUAUCAUUGACUGUAGAUGAGAUUAGACAAUUUUCCGCGCUGGACACAUCUCAGUGGAAACUGCUUCAGGGCGUCAAGACUGGAUCUGUAGAACUCAGAGUAAAAGUUAUUUCGGAAACCACAGGGUUCACGUCACCACUAAGUACAAACCAAUCUCUAUCAUCAGCAACUGACGACACGCCUAGGAAUAUGACCCCGAGGAACUCGACCGACAUGACAGACCGAGGAAAGUUAAAACUCUCGCUGGAUAACAAACCACCAGUGCCAAUGAGAACAGUCACUGUGAAUUACAAGCCGAAUCAGUCGUCUGGCUCCAAUCACCAUCACGUCCUGGACCCUCCGAAAAUUCCAGUUGUUCCGACCAUAAGCUCAAACGGCGCGCACAAUUUCAAUAACUACGCCAAUGGACCGCCAGCGCACACUUCAGUGGUGGUUUCAAGCGCUGAACGCAGUCCAAAUGGGCUGAAGGUGCACCGAAAUGGACGGGGAUCGCUGACUCCAAGUCCCGAGCCAGCACUGAAGAAGGGUGACCAAUACAACAGUUUCAGGACUAUGAAAAAUAAGGUGAAGAGGGGCUUCAACCUGAGACGAUUCAGGUCUGAGGUGAACAUGCAGGGCGGCGAGGAAGCGAGCAACGGCGUGAGCCAAGUGGCGUUGAACAUUGACCCGCGAGGUGGCGGCGAGGCGGACGCGUCCGAUUUGCUGAACGGUGAGCCCUUGAAACAUGCUGUGUCCCAACCCAACAUCCCUUGCCGCCUCCGUGCACGUCCCACAGGCCUCAAGGUUGAUGAGCAGCAGGAGGUACAGCCCGAGAAGUUUUUUGGUAUUGAGGGAAAAAUUGUCCAGGCGCAGGGACUCUGCGUGUCGCACAUUGCCCAGGUCUACUGCCGAAUAAAACUUCACAGCUCUGAGAAAUCCCACAGAAGCGGCGGAAAAACAUUGGCAAAGUCUCGGCUCAUCCCAGCAGUUCCAAACCCGGUUUUCAACCUUGCUUUCGAGAUAGACACUCCUGAAGGCGUGUCCAAACAAGCAGCCCUGCUUUUUGAGAUCAGGGCGACUGGAAAAGAGUUGGUUGCGUCCAGAAGAGUGACCAUAGAAGAACUCAUGCAGGAUGCAUUAACCGACGGAAGCCCCGUGAAAACCUGGCUGAACCUGAGUACCGGCGCUUCUAUUCAGGUCGAGGUUGCGUACGGCCGAGAAAUCAAGAAGGAGUCGAGGAAACUUUUCCGCAGCUGGUCUGUGCACAGAAUUGGCAAGAUUUAACAAAAUAAUAAUUAUUUCCAACGUGCGAGAAAUCUCUUUACUCGAUGUCACUGCAUUUGUCCAACUUUAGAUAUAAAGAAAAUAGAUUUUUGCCUCCAUUCAACAUUCCAGUGUGACUUGAUAAUAAUGACUUUUCAUGUGUAUUUCAAGGAGUAUUUUCAAAUCUCAAAUCUUUCAUGAAAAUAUUUUUUUCAACUCAAAUCUAGGUCUCACGGGCAUUAUAAAAAUUCUAAACUGUGUUUUUUAACUAUCAGCAUUGGAUGUAAAUCCAGAAAAAUUCGAGUUUUUCAUAAAUCUUUCUUCCUUCGAUUUAAAAUAACAAACUUCCAUUAAAUCAUUAAAUUUUUCUUACUUGGUAGUCACUCUUUUGUGUAAAUUAAUGUUCCAAUAUAUUAUUGUGGCGAUCAAACUUCCCCUUCGACUGAAUAGUUUUAGUGUUACUUAUAGUGAUCCAUAAAAUUAUUUAAGAUCUCAAAAAUAAAUUUGCUUAUUUAAAGCUGAA